GGAGUUUGCAUAUAGAUCCAAGAAGACCUUGUCACAUUUUGUAGACUGUCACAAAGCUCAUUCCUGCUGCUGUGACACACACAUGUACAAUGAUACUUCAUUCAGUCAUUCUGCUCUCCACUUUGAUAAGUGUGAGUUUUGGAGAUGAAAUCACAGCAGACAGCACUGAAGAAACUGCUGAAGUGGGUUCAACUCUUACUUUAUCCUGCAGUUAUUCUUCUGCACAAUCCCUUCAAUGGUACCGUCAGUAUCCCGGAUCAGCUCCUCAGUUUCUUGUGCUAAUAAUAGAGAGUGUGAAAGAGAAUAGGACAUCUGAUAUAGACCCCAGAUUCUCCACUAAGCUCAGAAAAGAAAAACAAGCUACAAAAGAAAUCAAACGUGUGGAUCUGAUCAUCUCCUCUGCUGCUGUAUCAGACUCUGCUCUGUAUUACUGUGCUCUGGAGCCCACAGUCACAGGAAACACAUCAACACUGUACAAAAACCUGAUACAGAUGAAGAUGUACAACUAUUUUCUUUCAAUAAAUCUACCUCUGAUAUUAAUAAUGAGUUUGGUGUUUGGAGACGGUAUUGAGCCAGAUAAAGAGAAAAAUGUUAUCGCAAAAGAAUCUGAAGCUGUCGAGCUGAGCUGCUCAUAUAGUACAAACAACAAUAAUGUUCGUCUUUUCUGGUUCAGACAGUUUCCUAAUGAAGAACUUGUGUUUUUAACAUACAAAGGCGCUCGAUUCUGGAAAAACACAGAAACAGCUGAUCCUCGGUUUCAGUCAAUUACAUCAGAAACAUCCACUGAACUCACUAUUACUGAUGCACGUCUGUCAGAUUCAGCUCUCUAUUAUUGUGCUUUAUUAUCAGUAGCCCAGUGA